AUGGCACCCGUCAGCUUCACGAAGGCCACCCUGCCAUAUCCGGUCUAUUCCGCCGACUUCGACCCCUACAACCGCGGAUACCUCGUCGUCGGCGGAGGCGGAGGUGAAGGUCGUAGCGGCGUUCCGAACCAGAUCACCCUGCUCGAUGUCUCGUCACGGUCCGCGAUCGACGUGGCCGGCGAGAUCGACUUGCCGCGCGACGAGGACGCCGUCAUGUCGCUCGCCAACCUGGCCUCCAAGGACGGCCUCAUCACCUUCGCUGGCGUAAAUUCUUCCGAGAAGGACCGCUUGGCGGACAAGAACAAGCAUCUAAGAUCGUUCAAGAUCGAAUACCCCCAGAAGAAGAAGGCGGCACAAGAGGGAGCGGCGGCCGAUGCGAAGGCGGAGAAAGGUAGCGUUGGAUUCUUGGGCAAGACAUCCUUGUUUACGCCGCCGACCACCACGGCCGCGAAAAAGGAGACCUAUCAGCGUCUUUUGAGGCUCUCUCCAGCACGGCUACGGGAGUCGGGGAGCAGGCGCAUCGGCGCAAUAGCCACGGAUUUCAACCCCGUGUCGGAGCUGGUCAUCUUCGAUGCCACGACAGCGGUGCCAUCGGACUGGGAUGUGAUACAGAGGAUAAACCCGGAGGAGGGCAAGGACAUCAAUGAUAUCGACAUCAACGAGUCGUCUGAGGGCAACUUCUCCGUCGCAUUUUGCACCAAUCAUCAGGUUUUCGUCUCGCGCAUGACCUACGACUUCGAGAAGAAAAAGGCCACCUCCAUAACUCCUGCGGACAGCCUCAGACCCGCGUAUACUCUGCCCUUCCCGGAUGUUUUCAAGGCCGGCUCGUCCCGGCCGACUAUCAAAUAUGUCCGAUACCUCACACCGCACCAUAUCCUGCUCUGCUGCAAUCAUGCCCAACGCAAAGGCGCUGAGCUUCUCAUACUCCGCAAGCUUCCAGACGCGCCGGGUGAGGUCAUCCUGCAGAAGAGGCUUCCGAGCCGCAUAAAGGCUGCCGGAGGCAUGGACGUCUGCGCGCUGAACGCAGACCCGGUGACCGGCGCACAGCAAAUCGUGGUCGCUGUGGCCGGUCACGACAUCUCAAUCGAACUCUACACGCUCGAAUACUCCGGCAAGACGACCGACACGCUGAGCCGGUUCAGCAGCUACAACACCCUCCGCGACGUCCACCCCCUCCAAAUGACCAAGCUCACAUUCUGCCCCUACCACUCACCCUGGCACUCCAGCUCGCCCGACGGGCCCCCCAAGACGCCCGGCCCGCAAUACCUCCGCCUCGCGUCCACGUCGCUCGGCAACACGGUCGUCGUCGACACCUUCACCCUCGCGCCGCUGCGGCCCAGGCAGCCGCGCAGCCGGUACGUGCUCAAGGGCGGCGCCGCCGGCGGGCCGCUCGUCCACGCCCUCUCCGUGCUCGUCCUCGGCUUCUGCCUGCUCGUCACGCUGCUCUGCCUGCAGCAGUACCUCGACUUCACCGCCGCCCAGACCGGCCAGGACCCCUUUGUGCUCAUCCGCGUGCCCGACGCCGUGCGGCAGUACCUCGACGCCGCGCGCGGCGGCCAGGCGUUCCUCCCGCCGGGCGCGCGCCAGUUCUUCCAGUCGGCGUCGGAUUCCGUGUCGGACGCGGCGUCCGGCGCGGCAAGCGAUAUGGGCAGCAAGGCAAGCGACAUGGGCAGCAGGGCGUCCGUCAUCGUCGAGCAGACGGCCGCGAACGCGUACCGCCAGGCGGCGGACGCGGCGGACGAGGUCGUCCGCAAGGCGACGACGCUGCAUCUGCGCACGCUGCUGGAGGCGUAUGCGCCGGCGUACUUGAAGUCGUUGUACGAUGAUAGUGACAACAAUGACGACAGCGACGGCGACGACGGCAGCAACAAGGCGAUCCUCGUCCGCGCCACGGGCCCAACCGAAGUGGGCGAGCCGCAGCCGGGUGAGGACGAUGGCGACGACGGCUCCGAGCGCCUCAGCGCAGAGGUGCACGGCAGCCGGGCGGCGGCGCGCCGGGCGGACGCGCACGCCCGCCGCUGGCAGGAGCUGGGCGAGGAGCAGAAGGCGGCGUGGCGGCGGCGGCUGGUCCGGUCCGGGGCGUGGGCGGUCGACGAGGGCGAGAGGGUGCUGAGGGGCGUGUUGUUCAGCGAGUAUGCGGGGUUUGUGGGGAGGGUGACGGCCGAGGCGUUGAAUGAGUAG